CUUUCGACUAUUUGGAUAUUUUCGUGCUUUAACAUAUUUAGAUAUUUUUGAAAGAUUUUCUUGGUUUGUUGGGAAAACAAUUAAAAAAAUAGAAUUUAAGUUAAUGUUAAUAUGGCGGAAAUUGAGGAACAACAGGCAGAUGAGCGAGAAGCGUUACUAUCCAUUUAUGACGGUGAUACAAAUUUUAAGCAAAUUGACGCGAACACUUUUCAAUACAAGUAUGGAGAAGAUGAUCAUUACAAAUCGUUUUUGGUAGAAAUUCAAUGGACUCCAAACUAUCCCAAUGAAAUUCCCAAAAUAAAUAUGGAUACGUUCUUCAACCGCAAUUUAGUACUUGACGUCAAGACUAAAAUAAAAAAAGUAAUUGCUGAAGAGGCAGAACAGUGGUUAGGAUGUGGAAUGACCUAUACAUUAUUUGAAUGCCUCAAGGAUCAACAAGAUGAACUUACUAGCGGUCAGCCCGAACAUGCAAUAACACAGUCAAUUGAUCUAGAUAAUUUGGGAGUAAAUGCACUAAAAAUAUCAGAUAAUACAGAAACUAACAAAAAAAAGGAAGCAAAAAAAGAGCAAUUAACGAAGGCUCAAAAACGACGUCAAUGGGAACGCACAGAUCAUAAGGGCGACAAGCCGAGAGGAUGGGAUUGGGUAGAUAUUGUUAAACAUCUUUCACAAACAGGUGGUAAAGAUAAUGGAAACAAUGUAAGCACCUCAGUCAGUAAUAACGCAAGUGUAAGUGCGGAAGGUGUGCUGUUACAACCGCUUAAUAUAUAGCAUUGUGCAAAUAUAAAUUUUACAUAUUAAAUGCUUAAAAUGAAAAAAGUA